AUGGACCCGAAUUUGGAGCUCUAUAGGAGCUUGAUGCAUCUUUCAUCAACCGCGCGCAGUCAACGUUUCCAGCAUCUUCCCCCAGAGGAAUACGCCAGGGUCAGGGUAAUCGGCGAAAGAGAGCUGGAGGCCCAGAAGCUGGAGGAACUCAUUGCAGGCCGGGACCUCGUCCAAGUGGCCUUGAAUGAUCCCUCCCAGAUUAUUGCCUGUACACCGCUGAAAUAUGCCCUGCUUGGCCGAACCACCUACCAGUACGACGAGGACAGGAUGGUUGAACACAUCACCAACGACGUCGCAAGAGCGAGUUCGACCUUGGUCAGUUACAUCGCACAUUUUGAUCAAAGCCCUCAGCCUUUACGCCUAGAUGCCUGGAAGCUAGUCUAUUGCGACGUGUAUUAUGUCGAUGGAGGCAGUGCUACACUACAGGAGAUCUACGAAGAACGCCUUCGAGAAGAAGACCUCCAAACCUCUGCCGCCCGGGCCAGAGAGCUUGUGCGUUGUAAUACACUCAGGAAAGCUCGGAGGAAUGCUAAAUGGAUGAUUCCUGCUAUCGAACGUUUUUCAGAUGAGGUACAAGCACAAGUGGAUCGGGAAUACAGGCAAUCUAUGGAACCCUUCUUACAGCUUUGCCAAGACGAGCGAAUGAGGGAAACCAUCUUGGCACCGCAGGGAUACGACAAGACCCUGGAACGAAUCUGGAAGCGGGUAUCUCCGGCGCCGCCAGCUUGGAUACAGAAGAUUCUCGAAGCUCAACAACAGUUUGGUUUUGUCUACUAUAUGGCCAGAGAGGUCGAGCAGAAGCAUGGCUAUGACUGGCGCUCAGUCUGGGGUGGAAUUAACGAACACUCUCUGCCACAUAGAGUAACCUGGCACAGUAUCCAUUGCCAAGGCAGAGACAACUGGUUGGCGUUGCAUCGGUUAGAAACUGAGAAGUGGCCUACGUUUAAUCCUAACGAGAGCAUGGCAGAAGAUGACGACUUGCGAAAACACUUCCAAGAAUACAGAGAAGAGAAUGACGAUCUUCUGCCUUCGGGAAUUCUACGGAAUACCUUUAUCGCCAUUCCUAUUGAAUUGGUUUCCGAGGAAAAUUGCAAGCGCACACAAGGUGAACUUCUUGAUCCUUACUGGGUUUGGGCAUAUGACGCAGACUGGGAUAGUUCGGAAGAAGAAACCGUCUUUGAAGGGGAGAAGUACCAAGGUCGUGUCAAGGUGGCUAUUUGGUCGCUUAACUCCUGGUUCUAUGCUGCUCGCUGGGAAGGAGUGAGUCUCCGGGACAUGUGGCUCAAAGCGCAGCAGCAUCCUGAUAAGUGCUGGAUCUGUUAUACAAAGGAAUUAGAAGAGUGGGAUCACGAGCCAUAUGUUUAG